UCUCUCUCUCUCUCAGUUUUAUUUGUUGAUAUAAUUAAAAAUUAUAUCUAUAAUAAUAGGAAGCAUUAUAAUAGUUGACUUUAUGAUUCAUAUAACUACUGAUGUCCAAAAGAUAAUAUACAUUAAGAAUUCUUGAAUGACUUUUCAAGAGAAAAAGAAAGAAGAUACCAAAGACAUGAUUAUAUUUCCAAGAUAUAAACUUUUCCAGCACAUAAAUUGGAUUAAACUUUCUAUGACACAGAUUUAGAAAAUAUAUGUUAGAAAUAUAACUUAUCUCUUAUAUAUAUAUACAUUUUCUUAAAGUCUUAAUUUAAUUAAUUAUUGAAAAGUAUUUGAACAAACUAACACUUAAUUAUGCACUUAAUUAUGCACUUUUUUAAAAUGGAAAUCCCCCUUACUGUACUUCAAUCCCUUGAAAGCUGCAAAGAAACAUGUUUACAUUUUACAGCUUGAUUAACCGCGUCAUUAAGAACGCAAUUGCGUAUGAGUAUGCGAUAACGUUCCUGAUGGUUCCCCUGAUGGAAAUAUGUUAAACUUCCUCUUAAAUGACUUCAUGUAAUGUUUUGUUUCUGCGAAGAGAAAGAAGGGGAAAUCUCCACUAAGAGUAUAUAUUAGCUGUCAACGGGAAGCAUGUUUCAAUCAAUUCACAGAGAGCAUUAAGUGCAUACACUUCAUUAUAUUAUUUAAGUGAAGUAUUAAUACUGAAGUAUUAAAACUUUUAAGCUAACGUAUCUGAACGCUUCAAGAAGUUCCAAGUCUACAGCGUCCCAAAGUUUUCUUCAAAGUAUUCAACAGUAACAUCGGAUUAGCGGUUUUUAACUAAGUGAGCGGGCCACCAAAAGCCCUUUAAAGUAUUCGAAUGUUGAAAUCGCAAAAAUUUCAAUUGCCUACGCUUGUAAUCACAAGCAAUAAAGAUAAUUCUAAAGAGAAUUUCUUAAAUGAUAAUACGAUUGACGAUACCUUCCUCAAAAUAAAAAUCGAGGGAGAUAGCGGUAUCUCGAGUUUUGACUCUUCCUUUGACAGUUUCGACGAAUCGAACAAUUUAUUGGACAAUCUCAUUGACGAGCGCAAAACAUUCAUAACAAAAUGCAAGCAAGAACUCAACAACAGCAAGUUACCGGAGCACUUCGAUCAGUGGACAAUCAAGAAUCAAUACGAUCAUUUGAUAAACAAUAUUGAGAAAUAUUUCCCGAACAUACCCGAAUCCUUGAGGUACGUCUUGCCGGCGAUAUUUGAAAAUGGAGAUUGUGAACGAAAAAAGAAUACAAAGCCGGAUUGGUUGGACAUGGAUAAAUUUUAUCGCGGACAGAGCUUUGCCCAGCGUUACUUCAGCGUUAUCUCUAUAAGCAACCUGAUGGGUCUGCUACAGAUAUUCAGCUUUUCUGACGGAUUAAAACCGCUGAUCCUCAGUCAGAAGUCAAACACUCCAUAUCGCGCCUUCGAGCGAUACCUCAGAACGAUCAGGACAUUCAGGAAUUGGUAUACGAGCGAUCCUUGGUGCAAAGGAACGCCAGCCUAUCGCGACAUUCAGAGAGUGCGAAAGUUACACCGAGCCAUGAGACGGAAAUUAUGCAAAAAAAGCUUUGAGGAGAUCGAUCAGGAAAGUAAGAUUCAAAACCCAUGGUGUCCUGUGCUGGGAAAGAUUAAGAAAGAUUUCGCAGACGCGUGCCCGAUAGCAAAGAACCAGCAGUGUCCUUACACGAUGACGAGAACGAGAGGUCUGAAUCAGGGCGAUAUGUCGGGCACGCAGUUUGCCAGUAUGGGUCUGAUAGUACUCUACCCGGAACAAUUCGGUAUACACGACGCGAGCAACGAGGAUCUGGAGGCUUUCUGUCACCUCUGGCGCGGACUGGGCUAUCUGUUGGGCAUCGAAGAUCAGUACAACUUCUGUCGCGGCAGUCUGCAGGACAUACGCCAGCGAACUAAAGAUUUCAUCGAGUACUGGGUAAAACCGAAUUUCAGAACGGUGACACCUGAAUGGGAGCACAUGACUAUGUGUCUUAACGAGGGCGUAGGUUACAUCGCUCAUUUAAACAGCUACAAAGUGCUCUUGCUCCGACUCUGUGACAUAUUUGGACUCAACAUGCCCAGUUUGUACAAUUCCUUUAGUUUAUCAGAGAAAAUAUUGUACAGUUUGCAGAAGUUCUUAUUCUGUCACGUGCUGAAGUUACCUGGUGUCUUCUCUAUCAUAAACGCGGUAUUAAACACAUAUCUGGAUCGAGCGGCAGGCUUUGAAUGCAACAAACAUGCCGAGUUUAAAAAGAAAUCAUCUAAUAAAGUCUCAGAGGUCAUAUAAAUUUAAAUUGCUCAAUGACAGUAGAUGUUUAUAACUUAUUUAAUUUUUGUGAAAUUUUUAAAAUUGGCACUAUUAAAAGAUACGAAAUAAUUUAAA